AUGGAUGACCGACGUUUACCAAAAGCUGUUUUCUACUCAGAGAUGGCGGAAGGUAAACGAAAGCACGGUGGCCAGCAUUUGCGCUAUAAAGAUGUGUUCAAAAGACACCUUAACGCUUGCACUAUCGACCCCGCGUGUUGGGAGGAGCUUGCAGCAGAAAGGUCAUCUUGGCGGUCGAUCAUCUUCAAAAGUGUAAAAUCAUUCGAAGAAAGCCGCCUCAAGAUUUUAGACGCAAAACGCCAACUGCGCAAAGAGAGAGCUAGGCCCUCCUACACAUACACCUACAACUCGGCUGGACAACUCUACUGCCACGCAUGUCAAAGAGCUUUUAAGACCAAGUUCGGCCUAGCAAGCCAUAUCAGGGCUCAUGAUAGGAAAAUAUCCUAA